UAUUUCAGAAAUACAAUGAAGAUGAAUCAAUUUUCAAUUGGUAACAAAGAAGCAAAUAUAUAUAAUGGAAAUAUAAAUUAUGAAUGCACGAAUUGUAAAAGAAUAUACAAAUCAGAAAAAACAUUACUCAGACAUAAAUGCCCACAUUGCAUUACCUGCAGCAAAUCUUUUUCAUCUUUCCAGAAAUUUAAAAGUCACAAAUGUAAUUCCACAACAUAUUCGUGUAAUGAUUGUCAAAAGAAAUUUAAAGACAUACAGCAUCAGAAUCAACAUAAGUGUACCUUUUGUUCGAAAUGUAUGAAAAUAUAUGCAACAUAUAACAACUUUGAAAAACACAAAUGCAAUGCAUCAAUUAGCAAGACAAUACAUCAGCCUUCUAAAAUCUUAACUUUAAUCAAGUCUGUUGGAUCAGUUGGAGUAUACAUUGGAGACGAAGCAAUUGUUGAAGCUCUUCGUAUUUUAAGAAAUCAUAUGAAUAAUGCUUAUAUUGGGUAUAUGACACCGCUUGAGAUGCAAUAUGCUAUUGACAAUAGAGAUCCUCCACCUCCUCCACCAAUAAUUCAGUCAAUAAACAUACAUCAUAUACGUAAAAAUAAUCAUUGGCUAACUUCUGUGUAUGAACCUGCAGCAUCUCAAAUAUAUAUCUAUGACUCUCUUACAAUGCCCUCAACCAUGCAGGAACUUACACAACAACUAGAAUUAUUAUACGGCAAUGGUAGAAAUGUACAUUUUGUACCAGUCACACAACAAGGAACUGAUCCAGCAUGUGGUGCAUUUGCAGUGGCUUUUGCAUUUUCUUAUGCGUUAGGAGUUCCUCCACAAACACAGCAAUAUAUGAUACCAUAUAUGAGAGAGCAUUUAAGACAUUGUAUUAAAAACUCAUUAGUAGACCUUUUCCCUGCAUACACAGAUUCAAGAUCAGAUUAUUUUUAG